AUGCUUCAAAGCCCGUUGCGCUAUUUGUCGAGCAGCUAUGGAAAUUACACGGCUGCAACGACGCAUAGAGGCGCACUCUGCCUGAUUUCGGAUCUAAUCGACUACUUCUUCGUGGCACAUCCAUUGAGUGGCCGACGAGAAGGAGAAGAGCAUAAACGGGUGAUGUACUUCUACACACAACCUGGAACACCACCGGAUAAAACAAGACAGACCGAAGUUACGGGUUUCGCUGAGGCCAUCGUCAACUUUAUGAAUGAUUUUUCCGAUAAGGAGAAUCAAAAUUUUGAGGGAGAUUUCCCUUAUCGAGAUGUGAUGACGGAUAAAACAGCCCAGGUCUACGUCCAGGUUGAGCAUGGAGAAUUUCUGCUUGGAAUUUCGUUUGACAAGCAAGCUAGCAAGAAUUUCGAGUACACGAUCUUCAUGCCAACACUUCGCUCGGUUCUGAUAGAAGCUUACAAAAUGUUCAAAUUGUUCUUUGGCCCAAUGGAAGAUUUUCGAAGAGCAGACGAAACUUUAUUCCAACAGCGACUCGACUAUUUCUUUGGACGAUAUUUUUCUCAACUUCGUCUCUUUAACAUGCCCCUCUUGAAUCAUUUCAUUGGGGUCGACUUUCAACCAUUGAACGGAACCCCAUUUCUGACCAUCGAAACUCUGCUAGCCGAAGUGAAAGAGGAUUUUCCUGCCGUUUCGAAGAUGUUGUUUCUCUACCAAGACAAGUUGCUGUACUAUUCAGUGAGUAAAGCCGAUCUACCAUCAUUAUAUCGCUAUCUGACAGAAAAUCUGCUGCCAAUGUCGCUGAGGGCUGAACUCGAGCCAAACACGAGGGUCCCUGGAGGUAAAUGGCUAACAGGACCCACCGAUUUGCAAAAUGAUCUACCUAUCACACUUGAUUGUUCUCCACCAACGGUUUUUCUGACAGCAGCCGAUGAAUCCUAUGAAGAACACAAACUGCUUGUCUAUCGAUCGCUGAAUGCCACAAUAUGCUUAUUUGUCAACACUGAAGUGACUCGAUUAAUGAUGAGAAAUAUGGAUGGAUUUUUGGGAGCCGAGUUACCAAAAUUGGCAAGUAUGAUUGGUGAAAGCAUCUCGACCGAAAACAGCGAGCUUCGAGUCUCGGAUUUCCAUUACAUUUACUACAAUCCAUCCUCUUUAUCACUUCGAACCUCUUUUCAUCAAUCACCCCUAGUUGGGGGAAUUACUUCAAAGAAUACUCCCCAGUUGCCAGCAGUUCCACAAAGUGUUCACAACAUCGUUUGCGAGACGUACGAUCGUCUACUCGAAGCAAGCGAAGAUUUCGGCGAAUGUAUUGUGAAAGAGAGCCGAGAUUGGUGGAUUGUCAUUAAAAAGGUGAACGAGCGAAUUUUGGUGCUCCUUCUCCCGCCAACUUUCAACAUUCCUUCACUGCAAGAAGCUCACAGUCGAAUUGAAAAUCAUGUUUUUAUCUCAUUGCCAAAGCUUAAAACAGCCGUCUACUUCUCUGUGAUGUUAACAGAAUACGGGAAACCCUUGCCUUUACCAUCA